UAUAUGAUUUUAUAAUAAGACUUCACUGUCGUUGGGUCUUCUACACCUCUCAAUUCCACGCACCUCUACCCUCUUUGCAACUACAAUCGAGAGAGACAUUCGGACAGACAGCCCGACAGAUAUGAAAAUCCAGGAGGAUCGGGACUGAGGGAGCCAUAAUCUGUGCCCAGAGCUGUGAGUUUGUGAAGGAAGGGGAUUACUUUGGUCUGAAUCCGGGUCAACUGGGAAAGUUGACUUGGGAUUUGACAUGGUAGUUUUGGUUUAAUUUAGCCUGUUUUUGAUUGAAUAAAACGAGUAGGAUUGGGAGGAGGAGGAGAGCAUAAUGUCUUGGAAGAGCAAAGGAGUGGAGCCAACUUCAAAGAAUGUGGUGUCUCGGAAAUGGGCUCUGCUUCUUUGUAUUGGAUGCUUCUGUACCGGGAUGUUCUUCUCCGACAGAAUGUGGACGGUUCCUGAAGUUAAAGGCAUAUCAAGGACAACAAGGGUUGAGGACGAAAAGCAAGAUUUUGUUUCAGAGGGUUGUGAAUCAAGAAUUAAGGAUGUAAAGCAUGAACCCAAGAACAUUCUAGGGGAAGUUUCAAAGACGCGUAAUGCUAUCCAAGCAUUAGAUAAAACAAUUUCAAGUUUGGAGAUGGAAUUAGCUGCUGCAAGGGCUGCACAGGAAUCUAUUCUCAACGGUUCUCCCAUAUCAGAAGAUCUCAAAAUUUCUGAAUCAAGAGUGAAAAGAAAAUACUUGAUGGUUAUAGGCGUCAAUACUGCUUUUAGCAGCCGCAAGCGAAGAGAUUCAGUUCGUGCUACUUGGAUGCCACAAGGUGAUAAAAGAAAGAAGCUGGAGGAAGAGAAGGGAAUUGUAGUACGAUUUGUAAUAGGUCACAGUGCCACAUCAGGUGGUAUCCUUGAUAGAGCUAUCGAAGCAGAGGAAAGAAGGCAUGGGGAUCUUUUGAGGCUGGACCAUGUUGAGGGUUACCUUGAAUUGUCAGCCAAGACUAAGAUAUACUUUGCCACUGCUGUUACUUUGUGGGAUGCAGAUUUCUAUGUCAAAGUUGAUGAUGAUGUACAUGUAAAUAUAGCAACACUUGGAGCAACUUUGGCUAGACACCGGUCAAAGCCUAGGGUGUAUAUUGGAUGCAUGAAAUCUGGUCCAGUCCUUGCUCAAAAGGGAGUGAGAUACCAUGAACCAGAGUAUUGGAAAUUUGGUGAAGAGGGAAACAAGUAUUUCCGUCAUGCUACGGGGCAGCUAUAUGCUAUUUCAAAAGAUUUGGCUAGUUAUAUAUCAAUCAACCAGCAUGUGUUACACAGGUAUGCUAAUGAGGAUGUUUCCUUGGGUUCAUGGUUCAUUGGAUUGGAUGUGGAUCAUAUUGAUGACCGUAGAUUAUGUUGCGGUACACCACCUGAUUGCGAGUGGAAGGCUCAGGCAGGCAACAUCUGCGUUGCUUCAUUUGAUUGGAGCUGCAGUGGAAUUUGCAAAUCUGCCGAGAGGAUUAAGGAGGUUCACCGGCGGUGUGGAGAAGGGGAGAAUGUUUUGUGGGCUGCAGAGUUCUGACAGAUAAACGGUUCUUCCAAACUCGGGAGGAAGCAAAUGCGUGGCAUGAGUCUGUUUCAGAAAAUGUUUGUAACUCAAAGAUGUGAAUGAGAUGGACGAAGGUGGAGAAAAAGGAAAGGGGAGUGGUGGUGGAAAGAGGUUGGUUUCUUUCCCUGGAUUCUACUCCAUUUUAGAUUAGGAGAGAUCCAAUAGCAAACCUACAAGAGAAAGAUCUUGUAGUUAUUCAUUCUUUAAUUGGAGGGCCAAUUUGUAAGUUUGCCUUGGCCAAUGUAGCUCCAUAUAAGUAUAUCUAUUUCGGCUAGUACCUGCUGCCUAUUGCUAUAUAUAUUAGUGAAUUGUCUGUUGAAA